AUGUCAGACUAUUACGAUGCUGUGGACUUUCCAGUGGAUGGUGGAGAUAAGCCGCUGACAACCGACGAAGUUCCUUCUCUUGAAAGCAGGCCUGCCUUGUUGGACCGACCUUGGAAGAGAUCAAGUGCUUUUGUCCAAGUCCAGUACAUCAUACGCGUUCCAGAUUCUCCAGAUUUUUCUGGCGUGAAUGCUGAGCUAAUAUUGGACCUGAGUGGCUACCUUGAGUUUGAUGUGGGAAGGCUGGAGAUUUCAAAUUCGAUUGAAGUCUUGAAGCUGCUUGGUGAUGGCAAGUCAAUUCAUGAUGUUAGCCUGGACGUCAUGAAAGUGGAGCGUCCUCGGCUGCUGCUGGCUCCACCAUUCAUCUCCCACCUUUCAAGUUUCUUCACUCGCUCGGAGGAUGUUGAAGCUGUAUCUGCUGCUGUUCCUCGAUGGGAAGAUGCUUUUCACCUUCACACACCAUACACGCUUCAGCAAGCGCCUGGUGUUCUAGAGAUUUCCUCUCAGAAGCCUCUUGUUGCAGAUGCGCCUGGUGUGUCAAGUUUUACUUUUGAUGGGAACGGGGGUUCCAUCGAACUGCUGGCUGCUGGGCUCACCGAAGCUACUGCUGCUGAAGCUUCUCUGAUCAUCGUCGGCCCAGGAAAACACCUCCGAUUCAAGAACGUCCACAUCUAUGCAAUUGGGUUGGAGUUGAUUGCCAUAGAUCAGGCACGAUGGGCAGCAAUACAAUUAUCUUCUCCAGAGAAUCUUUUGAGGCUCAAGGCUUCUCUGUAUCUCAGCAUUCAAACUGUGCGAGGCAUGUCGGAGGUGAACGUCGCAGUCAGGUCAUCCGGGAUCAGCACAGGCUCAGGGUUGUGCGUGAUAGAGCCUGUUGAUUCUAGAAUGAGGUUCACAUCCUCAACAGGCUACACGGACAUCCAGUUUUCAGUUUCCGAUCUGCGUACGCACUUCACGUUCAACACGGUGGAGCUCAUCCUGAGGAUGCAGGAGAAGUACAUGAGCUCAGUGUACAGUGUUGCUGAAAAUCCUCAGCAUUUGUGCUUGCAGUUCAAGAAGGUGUGGGCAUAUGCAGGAAGGUCUGAUAUGCAGAGGAUUUCGUUUUGGAGACCAAUUGCACCACCAGGGUUUGUUGUACUUGGACCACUACCUCCCUCAGCGUCUGCUGUGUACUGCAUAGAAGCAUCACAUGUGUCCCCUGCAGCACUUCGUGGCUGCAUAACGAUGACACCACUCAUCAAGAUAAGCCUUGACAAACUGGUCGUGAAGUCACUCCACUAUGGCACCAGUGAUGUCCAUCAGGUGUCUGCUGGCUGCUGUGUGGAUGCUUUCAACAAUCAGCAAGAUGCUUGGGAGCCCUUUUUGGAGCCUUGGCAUGGGAUGGUCAGAGCUGAGUUGGCUGGGAAGGAUGGCCUUGAGCCACCACUGUCAACUUGUCGAGUGGUGUCCAACAGCAAGGUGAACAUCAAUCUAUCGUCAGUGAACGUCAAUCACUUCGGGGAGGCGUAUGCAGACUGGCUGAAGCUCCUAGAAUCCAAGGAGGAUGCAGAGAGGGCCAUUCACAUGAUCGAGCAUGAUAAGGAUGAGGAAGGGGACACAGAAGAGUACACACAUGCAACGGAGCGGCCUGCCUACAUCGUGCAGCACAAUUCAUCCGGCAUUGAUCUAUUCUUCCGAGUGGUGGACAAGAAGUUGGAGUCUAGGGAAGGAGAGACGGUGUGUGUUGCAGUGGAGCGAAGCGCUUUCACAGGAUUGGUUCUUUUCAGUUUCACUUGGGCUGCGAAGCCUGGCGUGAAUAUGGCAGAAAUCGAGUAUUCAUCACACAAAAAUUCCACCACAGGCCACUCUUGGCUCUCCUCCAAUCUUGAGCCUUCCUCCAAUGAUGAGCACAGCAGCGCUACCGUGCAUGCUGCUGUAUCAGAACGAGCAAGGGAAGGUGCUUCUCAGGACGAGGGAGGUGGUGGAGGAGUUGAAGUUGUUGAGAUCUUUGAGAACGAAAGGCAUCUGCCCUUCCUGGGUUGGAGCUCCUCUAACCUACUUCCUAUCGACCCCAAGGGCUGGAGCGACCUCAAAUCAAAGUCGUCCUCAAAGGGUUUCAAGGAGCCUGAGCUGCCUGCUGGCUGGAUCUGGAGUUCCGGCUGGCACAUUGAAGUUUCUGAGCACGUGGACAAGGAUGGGUGGGCGUACUUCCCAAGCUUUUUGGAGGCAUCGUGGCCACCCAGAGGCACUGCACAUCGGGCGCUUCCUCCUUUCUCGGACUUUCCUUUGCUGACCCUUGGGAAGACUGAAGAGUUGCUGUCCUGUCAGCGAUCAUCAACAGACAGUGAGCACCCAGAAACCCGCUGGAUGCUGGUGGAGUCAAUCGGCACCCCUUUAAGCAAGCGCUCAAGCUUCACUCCAACCGUGGACUGGGAGAUUGUUGCAGAAGCGCCCAUGACUUUCUGCAACUUGUUGCCAGAGCCAAUCACCCUGUCCAUCUGGAGCUCUGAUCCUCCAUCCACUGAGGUUCUGCUGAAGGAAGAUGGCCUGGUGUUGGAACCUGGAGCCAAGAAGGGCAUCUUGUCUGUACACCCGAAGGGUCGUCUUCUUGUGUGUCUGAAGAUUCGUGAAUCAUGGGUUCCACCAGAUGAAUCCGAGGAGCGUAUGAUAAUCUUUCACCCUCAAGAGCCUCUUCCGUCAGAAGUCACUCUGAUGCACAAGGAUACUCACAGGCAUCUUCAAGUGUCCAUCGAUCGGACUUGGUCUGCCACCUUUGGCACGCUGAAGGAGGUCACCUUCUCAGUUCCUUGCUGGGUAGACACAGCUGGCUGCCCGCCCGUGGUACUCUCCCUGUCUCAUGGGACUUCAGUUGCUGCCAUAGCUAGUGGUUCCUUCAAACGGCCAUGGACAGAGCACAAGUGGAAUGGUAAAACUUCAAUGAAUCUGCUGCGGAGUCAAUCUACAAAGGACGAAGUGGUGAACGUGGGGACUGAGGGACGAAGCACAGUGAUGCUGUCUCGAUGUGACGACACCUCUGUUAUCCGCUUUGCAUUGGAUAGCUCAGGGGGCGUGGAGGAGUAUGGGCCCGACUUGUCCAUUGCAACUGUUCAAUCUCAGGUUCGUACUAGUUUAUCCACGUGGAGCUAUCCACUCAAGCUCUCAGUGGAUGCUGAGGUGAUCGCUGUUGUGCGACUGCUGAGAGACAACUCCCGCCACUUCAUUCGAAUAGACGGCCGAGCUGGAGGGGCCACUUCCAAGCACAUGAUAUCAUUUCGCCACACUGUCUGUUUCCGGCAAAGUGGUCUACCCAUGACAGCAUGGGAGGUCCUCUUGCCAAAGUCAGCUGCUGCAUUUGCUUGGGAAGACCCAGGCGGGGAUAGAUGUUUGGAGGUUUAUGCCCGCACCCGUGAGGAGUCCACUGGAGAGUCUCUAGAGAGCAGAGCACAUCCUCCAGGCUCCAUGCUGUACGAUCUGUCAGAGCCAGGAAAUCUUGCCUCGCUUCCUCUGCCUGCUGCUGGUGGACGCCUGCGCGUUCAGUCAUUUGACUGUGACAGUGUCCGCAUCAUCCGCUUCAUGAACGGUGGAGUCAUGACUGGGGAGGAGGACCAGCAGCAGCAGCAGCAGCAGAGGGAUGGUGAGAUGGCCGCACCUGCUGGCUCGACGCUUGAGCGGCAGCAUAGCGCCAAUGUCCUGAACAAGGGCUCAAAAAUGGAGAUCAGUUUGGACCUUAUGAGUGUGGGGCUGUCAAUUAUUGACCAGCGACCUCAGGAGUUGCUGUAUGCAUUCUCAGAAGGUUUCCUGCUGAACUACCGCUACGAUGGGCAAGAUGACUCAAGCAGGUUGAAGCUGAUUCUGAAGAGUCUGCGCAUUGAUAACCAGCUGCCUCUGUCUCCCUUACCAGUGCUACUGUUCUUGGAGCAGAAAGGCAUGCCUGAAAAGGACCACGUUUUCAAGUUCCUUGUCUCGUCUCGUGGCAGCAUGAAGCAAGACGAAUUGGCACAGGAGCCGUGGCAAGUGAAUGUGCAUGAGGCCAUUGUGUGGCGGCUGUGGGAGCUUAUGGAGAGCAUUUACUGGGAGCACUUCUUUGCUCCGGAGUCUGCUGGUGCUGACGGAGGGGCAGUGGCUUCUGUCCAGCUCCUUGGCUCGUGGAGUAGUCUUGUCACUGCAGCAGGGAACACCAAGCGCAUGCCAGUGAGUAAAUCCUCAAUGUACGCACAUGCACAGGUCCGGCUGUCAGGGGCAACAGCCGAGUCAAGGCGACUGCGCAGGAGCAUCUUCAUGGAGGCAGUGGUGCGGCAUGUGCUGCGGGAUCUCUUACACCAGUCACUGCGCCUGCUGUCCGGUGUAGACGUGCUGGGAGUCAUCAGCUCCACUCUUACUGCUCUCGGACAUGGAGCUUCGAGGCUCGUACAUAAGGAGGACAUGAGCAACAGGCACUUCCAGCAGGCUCUUGGCAACCAGCUGGACAACGUUGGAGAGGGCCUUCUUUAUGGCGCCGAAGCAAUGGCGAAAGGAGUGGCCUUAGGGGUGGCUGAUGUCCUCGUCCGUUCUCGCUCCGGCUAUGAGACCCACGGGCCACCAGGACUGCUCCUUGGCCUCAGCAAGGGCUUGGCAGGGCUUGUGGUGCAUCCAGUGACGGGCUGCCUGCACUCUCUGGCGUUCCUUGUCGCCGGCGUGGAUGCGUCUACAGCUUCUUGCGCUCGCAUGGUGCAGCGAAAGCCUCAGCUGCAGCGGCUGCGUCUGCCCAGGGCGAUCUCUGCUGAUGGGGUUCUUCACGAGUACAGCAAGGAGAGCGCAGUUGGCCAGAUGGUGUUGUUCCUGGCUGAAGCGGGCUCAUACUUCGGCAAGCAUGACAUAUUCAGGGACCACUCCAAGUUCGCCCUAUCAGAUGCCUACGUGAAUCACAUUCUUCUGCCCAACUGCCGCAUCCUACUAAUCACCAGCCGCAGAGUCAUGAUGCUCAAGUGCCCUGUGGAUCCAGCUGGCCAACCUGACUCACUGGCACUGGUGCAAGGUCCAUCCCUUGUGCGUUGGGAUGUACCAUGGGACAACCUGCUCGCAUUGGAGACCAAGUACAUUCCUAGCUUCCCUCGGCCAGAUGCUGCUGAAGCUGGGCAUUUUGCGAUUUGGAAGCCAGUGCCUCCAGAAGGGUACAUCUCCCUGGGGGAUGUGGCAUGGCGAGGGCUGACCCCCCCUCCAGCUGUGCGAGUGCACUCCAUCACGCCAGCGUCGCUAGCUGCCGGUUCUGCCAAUGCCUUUGCUACGCCAGAUGACUACUUUCUUGUGAGUGGCUUGAGAAAACGACCUGCCAAUGUCCCACUAGUUUCCCCUCCUCUCCCCUCCUCCCUACCCUGGUACUAA